CUGCAUACUAUUUCUGCUCAACAAGUGGCUUGUGGAUAGCGUUCAACAGAGUUAGAGAGACAAACAGCAGAGAUUGAGAAACUUUUCGAGACAUUUUUACUUUAUUUUUGUUUUUAAAAAAUUGCUAUAAAUGUUUUGAUUAAUCGGUUUCUCAUUGCUCCUUUUUUUGGAGUUUAAUUUGGCGAGACAAUCCCGGCUGUAAAGAGACUUCACCUGCGCCGGAUUUGUUUGACCUGAUUAGGUUCGCUUGGACACUUUUAAUUGGCUGCUUUACGCAUUGAGCGGUUGAAACUCAAAGUGAGCAGAGGCAUGAUGUAUAGCAUGAUGGAGCAUGAACUGAAGACCGCGGGUCAACCUCAUCCCCACCAGAACAGUCCAGGGAUGCCUCCUCCGGUCAGCGGGGUUGGAACUGCGCACCACGGAUCAAAAACUUCUUGUCCACCCGGCGGGGACCCUAUGGACAAAGUGAAGCGCCCUAUGAAUGCGUUUAUGGUGUGGUCUCGCGGUCAGCGGAGGAAGAUGGCACAGGAGAACCCCAAAAUGCACAACUCUGAGAUAAGCAAACGCCUCGGAGCGGAAUGGAAACUUUUAACGGACGCGGAGAAGCGACCGUUCAUCGAUGAGGCCAAACGUUUGCGGGCUGUACACAUGAAGGAUUACCCUGAUUACAAAUACAAACCUCGGCGUAAGACCAAAGCUCUCAUGAAGAAGGACAAUCACGUCGGCAAAUAUCCUCUCGCACCCGGCAACCUGUUGGCUUCAGCCGUGGCACAAGGACAAAGUGGUAGCCCGAGAAUGGACGGCUAUGGCUGGGGUCACCCCGGUGGUUAUAUGGGCAUGCAGGGCGAGGCACUCGGAUACCCGCAGCAACUGCACCGCUACGACCUGUCAACUCUCCAAUACCCGCCGGCACAGACGUACAUGAACAGCGCCAGUCCUUACAGCCAAAUGUCUUAUAGUGGCAGCCCUCAGCAGCUCAGUCCAGUGAUGUCUAUGGUUAAACCAGAACCCCUAUCCCAUUCACCUACUGGAGUACCAAACCACCACCGUGGUGCUUUCCAAGGGGACCUGAGGGACAUGAUUAGCAUGUACAUUCCAGGUGGGGAUACCAGCGAUAGCUCAAACCAGAGGGCCUACCCUGGUGUCCAACAGCACUAUCUAGGUGGAACUGUUCCCCUCACUCAUAUCUGAAGUUUGGGACUGUAGUGCCAUACAUAGACACUAUGGAUUACUGAACACUUCUGAUUGUUUACUACCUCCUUGCUUUAAAUGAUCUGAAGUUGUCUGCUGAAACUGUCUAGCAAACUUGGCUUUUUCAGUCUCCCGUUUUCUUCCUGUAUUUGCAGCCAUCACACUAUGACCGGUCACCUUUAACUUCCUAACUCAUGGCAUUAUGGACAAUU